UAUCAACCGGAGGACACGUAUAAGAUAUAAGGAGGCCAGCGAACGGCAGUCAGUGUUGUGCUGGAUCGUGCUUUCGAUCGUUCUCAGAGCUGUGUUUAUCUAUCAGUGAUCCCUUCAGCGAGGCGAAAUGCGGAUCUGGACGCUGUUAGUCAUAUUUCUGGUCGCCACGGUGUUCGUCUCCGAGGCGAUCGCGAAGAAGCCUGGCAAAGAAGCCGAAAGGGGUGGAUACAACAAGAAAAAGAGAGAUGUAGCGUACUCGAAGGAAGGAAAGUCGAAGGACGGCGAGGACAAGAAACUGCAAUCGAAGAAGAGGAAGAGCAGCUCGUCCGAGGGCAAGAACGAGGAGGCUUACUCGGAAAGCAACGUGGAAGCCAAGGACUCCGGGAAAGCGUACAAGUCGAAGAACAAGAAGCUGAAAGAAAAGGAGAACGUAGAACCGAACGAGAGAUCGAACGAGGCGGCCAAGGAUAAGUCGAAGAAGAAGUCCAAGUACUCGGUGGAGUCGCAGGAAGUUCAUCAGAAGAAUUCGAAGAAGGGCAAGAAGGAGAAGAAGCUGAAGGACGAGACGAAAGUCGACGAGCAGACCGAAUUGGAGAGCGAUACGAAUUCGAAGCGAAAGGUGGAAAACAAGAACGUCGAGAAGACUGAGAAAGCAACGAAAGUAGACAAGAAGAAGAAGCUUAAGGAGAAGAAAGAGGAAACCGCGUCGGAGGUCGAGGAGGAACCGGCGGAAGCGAACGCGGAGGAACCCAAAGCGAAGUCGCAGACGAAGAAGGAGAAGAAGAGGGCAGAGAAGAAUAAGCAGGAAAAAACUAGGAAGAAGAGGGCAGUGGCGCAAGAAGAAGAAGAGGUGGUGGAAGAAACCGUUUUGAACGGACAGGAAGCCGAGGCGGAGCAGGAAGAAGGGAAAGCAAGUUGCCAUAAAGCUCAGAAAGAAAAGGCCACGGAGGAUUGCGACGAAGCGUGAAUUUUGAAUGUUUGAUAUCCACGAACGACGUAUCUUGUCAUUUCAUCAAUACGAUUAUAUCGAAAUCAUGAUUUUUUAAGUUAAGUAUAUCUGAGUUGAUAUAAUAUCUAUUAAGAUUUACGCAAUCAAUUCUUUGCGGGGAGUCAAUUAAGAGGAUUAAUUGGAUACCGCGCUUCUAUUAAAUUCUAUUCAUUUAAUCUUUAUCUACAUCGAAUCGUGAACGUAAACGGAGCGUCUCGAUGUGUUUUUUUUAUUUACAAAUAAGAUUUUGCGACGAUCAAUCGUUGUCAGAUCUUGGCGCUGCGAGCCUUUCGUCUUUCGUUGUCGCCGGGGGUUGUACUAAACAAACAAAAUAACAUGAACGUACCGUGUCGUUAGCCUGUGAAAUGUACAUAUAUUUCGAAGAAUAAAUAUAUUUUUUAAGUAAGCUUAAUCGUUUUUAAGGCGAUUCAAGCAUUCUUUGGUUAUUGAUUUAAUUUGGGUUACUGGGA